AUGGAUCCGCCCCCGAAAUGGCCGCCGUAUAUCCUCGAGCAGUUCAAAUGCAUCCAUCCCGACACGGCAGACGAAUACGAAUUCUACGGCCCAUACAACACACUCCUCAUGGACCUCUUCCCGCCCAAAGAACACUUCCAGGUCUGCCCGCAGCCCGCACAAUCCUUGACUAGUUCCACCGCGACCAAUUUCGCCUUCGUCGUGAAGCACCACGGGCGCCCGGUCUUCUUCCUGCACGUCAAGCCCGGCGUGCACAUUAAGCGCUUGACAGACCGUGUCGAGGCAGACUUGCAGAUGCGGCGGUGGUUCGAGGCGCUCGUGGACGAGUGCAAGCUCCCCGUGCUAUAUAGCGUCAGCGCUCUAGGCACACGCAUCGCUUUCUACUCGUGCGAUCGCGAGACGGGGUACAUCGAUCCGCUUUCGAUAGAGCGCAAUCUUGAUCGGGUUACGGAUACCGCACCGGCAACGCAUUGGAAUGUGGAUGUCCAAACUGGGGCCCCGUUGAUGCAAGAGAGUCUUCGCAGAAUCAGAACGAUGCUCGCAGAAGUGGAGCGGGAAGAAAGGGAGGCGGCAGAAGAGAAUUUGGAUGAAGAGUAA